CCCAUUUUUCAGUACCAUAUCAAACUACUGUUCCUCCACUCCCCUGCCUUGCUAGCCCCGGCUUUUCCCACCAACCCUCUCAUGCUGCACUAAUGUUCAUGCUUGCUUUGAAACUUUUAAGCUCAAAAUGUCCUCGGGGAGUUCGUGUGUUGGCUUCAGGUGCUCGUCGCGGCGGCUGGAGAAUAUAGAGGAAGAAUGUGGGGGGAGUUGGGAGGCCGAGGAUAGUGCUCCACCUGAAACUCCGACAGAGACGAUGGAGUUUCUGGCAAGGUCAUGGAGCCUCUCUGCCAUGGAGCUCUCUAAAGCCCUCUCCAACACUACUACUACCCAUUUUGCUCGUCACCAUCUACACAAUCACAACUCGCCUGUCUCUUCCCUUGCUCAUCAUCAAGCUCCUCCUGUUCCCAAUUCUACUGGUUCCAGAAAUCAAACUCAACUUGAAGGAUUUCCUAGUGGGGGUAGUCCUCCAAUCUCUCCCAGAGGAAGUGAGGAUACAAAGGAACUGUUUCUCCUUCAUCAAGCACUCAACCCAGAUUUCGUAUGCAAUCAACAAUUAUUUAAAACUGGGCUGUACAGGAACAUAUUGAGGGGGAAGACAAUGGGGAGGUGGUUAAAAGAUCAAAAGGAGAGGAAAAAGCAGGAAAUCCGAACUCACAAUGCACAGGUGCACGCCGCUGUAUCCGUGGCAGGUGUUGCUGCUGCCGUCGCAGCACUUACUGCCUCAAAUGCAACCUCCCCCGAAACAUCAGCCAUCAGACAGAAGGCAGCCCCAAAAACAUCAGCUGCAAUUGCUUCUGCAGCUGCACUGGUAGCAUCCCAUUGCAUUGAAAUUGCAGAGGACAUGGGAGCUGAUCAUGGCCACAUCUUGACAGUCGUGAACUCUGCAAUUAAUGCAAGGACUAAUGGUGAUAUCAUGACUCUAACAGCUGGAGCAGCCACAGCCUUACGUGGAGCAACAACUCUCAGGGCAAGGUUGCAAAAGGGGUAUGGAGCAACCGUUGUUCUCGCUGAGGAAGAACUUGAAGAAGGCAAAGAACUAAACAUAUCAACAGCACUGAAUUUUGUUUCUAGAGGAGGAGAACUUCUCAAGCGCACAAGAAAAGGAGCUCUCCACCAUAAGCAAGUUUCUUUCAACAUAAAUUCAGAUUUCCAGGUGGUGGCCAAAAUGAAGAGCAAGUACAUGGCAGGAACAUUCACCAAAAAGAAAAAAAGCAUAGUCUCAGGAGUCUAUAGUGACAUCCCAGCAUGGCCCGGGAGAGAGGAGGAAAGCAGUGAGCAGAAGGCUUACUUUGGGAUAAAAACAGCAUACAGGGUAAUUGAAUUUGAAUGCAGAAAUAAAGGUGACAAACAAAUGUGGAUUGAUGGGAUACAGAACAUGCUGCAUUGUCGUGCUAACAUGACUUGA